AUGCACGCUUUCAAGGUUUUUGCUACCUUCGCGCUCGCCGCUACUGCUUACGCCUCCCCCGCUGAGGCUAGCCACGAGUCUGAGGAGCCCCUCGCUAUUGCUCGCGUCGGCUGCAAGCAGCAGGGCACUCCAAGUCGACCUGCCAUGUGCCACAAGCCCAGGUGCCCCAGCAACAGGAAGUCUGUCUUCUGGGACUAUGGCUGCCGUGACGGCAGCUGGACGUGCUGCAUCUAG